AUGGGCGGCCACAUGGAGCUAGCAAGGAGAGCGGUUCGGGUGCUGAUGGUCCAGAAGAUGCUGCAGAGCAAGCAGCACGAAGUCGGAGUUGUCCUGUUCGGCCUGCCCGAGGCUGAGACCGCCAACCAGCUCAACGAGGCCGAGACCAGCGACUACCUCGGCGUCAAGGAGUACUGCCUCCUUGACAAGGGCAGCGUGGCGGUCCUCCGCAAGGUGGAAGCGAUGAACGUCCCGGACUCCGGCGAGCCGGCGACGGGCGACCUGCUGGAUGCCAUGGUGGUCGGGAUGCACAUGAUUCGCUCCAGGACCCUCAAGAAGAAGUACAUCCGGCACGUGUACCUUCUGACGGACGCGGCCACCCCUGUGGCGGAGGUCUCGCAGCUCGGUGACAUCGUCGGCAUGUACACGGACCCGACCAUGGAGUGCCGGCUGCACUUCAUAGGCUUCGGCCACGGAGCCCCCGCGGAGGAAGGAGGGGGCACCGUCAAGGAGCAGAACGAGAAGAUGCUAGCGAGCGUUGCGGCAGCCACUCGAGGCACUGUGGUGCCUGCUCAAACUGUGGUGGACCUGAUGGGCGAGUCGACAAUCAAGACUACCAAUCCGGUCCUGUCCAAGGUCGACCUGUCCUUGGGUACCAACCUGACUUUGCACUGCAGGUUCUUCAAGAAAACAGACACGGGUCUGAAGGAGUCGCUCAAGAAGGAGUCCAUCGCGUCCUACGACCCCGCCGGGGGGAGUGGUAGCGACGGCAAGGUUAGGGUCGACAAGACCUACAGGGAUCCAGAGAUGCCCGAGGUGGAGGUGGACUUUGAGCACCAGGUGAAAGGUUUCCGCUAUGGCCAGGACUACAUUCCGGUUAACUCGGUGGACGAAGGCUCCCUGAAGCUGCCGGACGAGCCGCCGUCCCUCAAGGUGCUGGGCUUCACGCCGUCCUCCAGCGUCGAGAGGCAUUUCUACAUGGACGACACUUUCGUGCUCCUUUCCGAACCAGGGAGUGGCCAGGCGGCAGGGGCCAUCUCCAGCCUCUCGAGCGCCAUGCGGAACCUCGACCAGGUGGCCGUGGCUCGGUUCGUCAGGAGAAAGUCGGGGGAGCCGUGGCUGGGAAUUUUGAUCCCGGACUCUACGGGGGUGGUGCCCACGGAGCGGCUCCUGUUCCAGAAGAUCCCAUUCAUCGAGGACGUCCGAGCCUUCAACUUCCCCUCCUUAGCGAAGCCCCCGCCCAGUCGCACGCCUUCCGACGAACAGAAGAGAGUCUCGGCGUCCCUGGUGGAGGCGAUGAUGAUCCCCGAGUUGGACGGGAACAUGCAAGGAGGCGUUCGCGGCGGUCUGGUUCUCGAUCCGGUUCGCCAGGGCAUCAACGGGGCAAAGGUAGCGCGUGCCAUGGACCCAGAGUGCGAGCUGCCGGACGUCAACCCGUCCGUGAGGGCCGCCCUGGCUCCCGAGCCGCAGCUCCUGGACAGGGCCAAGUCCGUACUCGAGGUCCCCCUCUAA